AUGGAGGCCCCGGGGUCUCCGGGGGCGGGAGCAGCAGCGGCCCCCGCGGCACUUCAGGCGGGCAGCGGAGGCGGAGGGGAGUCCGGGGGAAGCGGCACCGGCUCGAGAGGCCUCCCCGAGGGGCCCCGCAGCUCCGAGGCCGAGCACCGGCGCUUCCGCAGCUGCCGCCCCCGGGAGGCCGAGGGGCCCCGGGCGCUUUGCAGCCGCCUUCACCGGCUGUGCCGCGGGUGGCUGCGGCCCGAGCGGAGCGGCAAAGCCGAGAUGCUGGACCGGGUGGUGCUGGAGCAGCUGCUGGCCCUGCUGCCCCCGGAGCUGGCGGGCUGGCUGCGGGAGUGCGGGGCGGAGAGCUGCGCCCAGGCGGUGGCCCUGGCCGAGGGCUUCCUGCUCGGCCCGCCGCCCUCCUCCGCCCCCCGGGAGCCCCCCGGAGAGGGCCGGCAGAGGUUUUUUGACAACAGUGACCUUAUUCGACAUCAAAAGAUACACACAGUAGAUAAACUGUAUAAAUGCUUGGAAUGUGGAAAGAGCUUCGCUCAGAAAGGAAAACUUAAUUCUCAUAAAAGGAUCCACACAGGAGAGAGACCAUAUAAAUGCAUGGAGUGUGGAAAGAGCUUUAUUGACAAUUGUGAGCUUACCUUCCACCAAAGGAUACACACGGGGCAAAGACCAUAUAAAUGCCUGGAGUGUGGAAAAAGCUUUUGUCGGAACACAGAACUUAUUCAUCAUAAGAGGAUCCACACCGGGGAGAAACCAUAUAAAUGCAUGGAGUGUGGAAAGCAAUUUACUCAGAAAGGACAUCUUAUUCAUCAUAAAAGAAUCCAUACAGGGGAGAAACCGUAUCAAUGUUUAACGUGUGGAAAGAGCUUUGCUCAGAAAGGACAACUUAAUUCUCAUGAGAGAAUCCACACAGGGGAAAGACCGUAUAAAUGCUUGGAGUGUGGAAAAAGCUUUCAUUGGAGCACAGAACUUAUUCAUCAUGAAAGGAUCCACACUGGGGAGAGACCAUACAAGUGCAUGGAGUGUGGAAAACAAUUUACUCAGAAAGGUCAUCUUAUUACUCAUGAAAGAAUCCAUACAGGAGAAAAACCAUAUAAAUGCAUAGAGUGUGGAAAAAGCUUUGCCCGGACAGGACAACUUAAUGCUCAUAAAAGGACCCACACAGAAGUGAGCCCAUAUGAAUCCGUGUAGUGUGGAGAAAACUCUUAACAAUCAUAAGAAAUUUACUCAUGAAGGAAUCCAAACUGGGGAAAAUCCAUAUAAAUGUAUGGAGUGUGGAAAGAGCUUUGCUUGGAAAGGACAACAUAAAUCUCAUAAAAAUAUGCCCACAGAAGAAACCUUAUAAAUCUAUGGAGUGAGCUUCAUUACUCAUCAAAGAAUCCAGAAAUGAGAGUGAAGCUUACUAUUGCAUAGAACAUUAAAAGAUCUUCCGUUGGAUCUUAAUUGUGAUCCUGUGAGGAUUUUCUUGAUUUCCAAGGAGUGGACACAAUACAGCACAGCAUUAGCAAAUCUGUUCACCGUGUUUCAUAGUGGCAAAUCCCUUUCCCCAAAACAGGCUAUUGCUCUUCACUCUACCUUUCUGAACCUUGCAAGCUGAGAUUGCCACCAAAAUACGUCUUUAAUACUGAGUC